UCCACCAUUCACAUAGUAUCUGCUAGGUUCAGCUUACACUCUACUCGUAUACAAUUUUAAAAUAGUAUUGAAAUGCGGCGUUCUCUGCAGAGUCUGAGGUGUCUCCACCGUUCUUCAUUCUGGCUCCGACCCGCAAAACUGGAUAGCUGCCAGAUGCGGGAGACGCUGGAGUUCAAGUUCACGGAGGAAAAUAAGCGGCGCGUAAAGGCGCUUCUGGUCUGGUACCCGGAAGCGGAGUGGAAGGGCGCCCUCAUACCGCUCCUGGACAUCGCCCAGCGGCAGCAAGGCUGGCUCUCGAUCAGCGCCGUCAAGGCCGUGGCCGAUAUCAUCAAGAUCGAUCCGAUGAAGGCUUACGAGGCGGCCCAGUUCUACACCAUGUUCUUUAUGAAGCCUCGCGGCAAAUAUGUGAUCCGCGUCUGCACCUCGACUCCUUGCAAGCUGCGGGGCGGGGAUGACAUAUAUGCCGUCUGCGAGAAGAUCCUAAAGGUGAAACAUGGCGAGACCAGCCCGGACAUGCAGUUCACCCUCAAGGAUGACUACUGUAUGGGGGCAUGUGUGAAUGCCCCGGUAUUGUCGGUCAACGAUGACUUUUACGAGGAUCUGGACGAGAAGACCACCAUACAAAUCCUGGAGGAUCUCAAAAAUGACAAACUACCGCCGGCUGGGCCGCGUAAUGGACGAUACUCCUGCGAGCCCAAAGGUGGACUCACCUCGCUGAAGGAGCCCCCUCCACCGGCAGGAUUCAUGAUGCAAGAACUGCCCAAGAAGAAAUAACAGCAUGAAUACCUAUACCAAAUACAAUUUUUAUAUAAAAA